CGGCCAGGAUAAUUGAAUAUAAACCCGUCUCCUUCCUUGUCCUCCUCGUUUGUAGCAUCCCUUGAAUGCUCAGCUAGUCUCCCGAGUUGAACCAGCUCUUCAAAAGAAAAAGACCCGUGUUUGUCAUUCACCAAGCGGUCUCCGUUAUCUCAGCCAUGGCUAGCUACCAUAAACCCGACGAGAAGACUUUGCAGGGUCUGAAAGACAUCGCUAACAAGCUGCGGAUCAACUCCGUCAAGGCAACGUGCGCCUCCAACUCCGGUCAUCCCUCCACAUGUUGCAGUGCAGCAGAGCUCAUGUCCGUGCUGUUCUUCCACACCAUGCGUUACAAAGCCGCCGACCCGCGCAACCAGUGCAACGACCGCUUCGUGCUGUCUAAGGGUCAUGCUGCACCAAUCCUGUACGCUGCCUGGGCGGAGGCGGGCUUUGUGAAAGAGGCCGACCUGAUCAACCUGAGGAAGCUCGACUCUGACCUGGAGGGUCACCCCACACCUAAACUGGAGUUUGUUGACGUGGCAACGGGGUCUCUGGGCCAGGGGCUGGGGGCUGCCUGCGGGAUGGCCUACACUGGGAAACACUUCGACAAGUCCAGUUACCGUGUGUACUGCAUGAUGGGUGAUGGGGAGUGCUCUGAGGGGGCUGUCUGGGAAGCCAUGGCGUUCGGUUCCCACUACAACCUGGAUAACCUGGUGGCUGUUAUCGACGUUAACCGCCUGGGACAGAGUGAACCUGCUCCUCUCAAACACGACAUGGACGUUUACCGCAAGCGCUGCGAAGCGUUCGGGUGGAACACGUAUGUGGUGGAUGGUCAUGACGUUGAGGAGCUGUGUAAAGCUCUGUGGCAGGCCCAGCAGGUGAAGGGGAAACCCACUAUGAUCCUGGCCAAGACCUUCAAGGGCAGAGGACUCAAAGGCAUUGAGGAUAUGGAGAACUGGCACGGGAAGCCCAUGCCUAAAGACCGGGCCGAGGAGGCCAUCAAAGACUUGACGGCUCAGAUUCAGAACCCCAACAACACCGUCUGCCCCGAGCUACCUAAAGAAGAUACCGCCCCCGCUGACCUCUCACCUAUCAGCCUGCCCUCCCCGCCCAACUACAAGAUUGGGGAUAAGGUGGCUACUCGUAAGGCGUACGGCGUGGCCCUGGCUAAACUGGGUCAGUCCAGUCCGAGGGUGGUGGCUCUGGACGCUGACAUGAAGAACUCUACCUUCUCUGAGAUGUUCCACAAGGCCUACCCUGAACGCUUCAUAGAGUGCUUCAUCGCUGAACAGAACAUGGUGAGCGUGGCGAUUGGCUGUGCCACGAGAGACCGCACAGUGGCGUUUGCCAGCACCUUCGCUGCCUUCCUGUCCAGGGCCUACGACCACAUCAGAAUGGCCGCCGUCUCUGAGUCUAACAUCAACCUGGCCGGGUCUCACUGUGGCGUCUCCAUCGGUGAGGAUGGCCCCUCCCAGAUGGCGUUGGAGGACAUUGCUAUGUUCCGCGCUAUCCCAACAUGCACUCUGUUCUACCCCAGCGAUGGCGUGUCUGCUGAGAGGUCUGUAGAGCUGGCUGCUAACACCAAGGGAAUCUGUUUCAUACGCAUCACCAGACCAGAACUGAAGGUGAUCUACGACCCCGACGAGAAGUUUGAGGUGGGCGUGGCCAAGGUGGUACGUCAGUCCGACAGCGACAAGGUGACCGUGAUUGGAGCUGGAGUGACUCUGCAUGAAGCUCUGACUGCUGCUGACCAGCUGGCCAGUGAGGGAGUGAACAUCCGUGUGAUUGACCCGUUCACCAUCAAGCCCCUGGAUGCCGCCACCAUCGUGUCGAGCGCCCGCGCCACCGGAGGGAGAAUCAUCACCGUGGAGGACCACUACAGAGAGGGGGGUCUGGGGGAGGCGGUGCUGUCUGCAGUAGGGGAGGAGCCUGGCAUCGUCGUGACGCGGCUAGCGGUGAACCGUAUACCCCGGAGUGGAAAACCUCAGGAGUUACUCGACCUGUACGGCAUCAGUGCCAAACACAUCGCCGACACCGUGCGCCAGACCUUCGCCAACUGAUAUGAUCGUCUCUUCGUUUGUCUCCCAAAUGGCACCCUAUUCCCUAUGUAGUGCACUACUAAUGACCCGGUUUCCUAUUGGGCUAGUGCACUAGGUUGGGAAUAGGGUGUCAUUUGGGACAUCUCUUUCCCUCAAAUCUGUACACAUUUACCAACUUCAUCUUCUCCAUCCCUCUCUCCACAGUCUGAGGGGAAAGUACUGUAAUACCCUGUGUAUAUAGCCUCCAAAGAGGGCUUAAAAACCUAACUUCUCUCCUCCCAUCUACCACUAGUGUUAAACAGAACAGGGCUCUCUAGCGCCCCUUGUGGCUGUAAGGCUGAGUGCAGCUCUGUACGGUAUACAGCAGCAGAGCCGAUAGGCUAGCUCUCAGCGGAGAGGGAGGGGUCUGAGUGUUGUCUUGACCAUCCCAGAAGGAUAAUAUGCAGUAAUGUUUCUAGAUAACUCUUUACACACCUUAAUGCAGCCUCGUUCUAAUGAAUCCUCUUUCCUUUCUGCCUAACUGUAAUUGAGCAUUAAGGCCUGAGGGGGGGGUGGUAUAUGACCAAUAUACCACGGCUCAGGGCUGUUCUUAGGCACGAUGUAUCGCAGAGUAUACAGCCCUUAGCUGUGGUAUAUUGGCCAUAUAUCACAACCCCCCAAGGUGCCUUAUUGCUGUUUUAUAAACUGGUUAUAGAUAUAACAGUAAAAUACAUGUACGGUCUGAUACCAGGGCUUUCAGGGCUCGACCACCCGGUUUCUAAUCCUCCUUUCUCUAAGUGAUGUUGAUGGAGCGUUAGGUUCCAGCUGAAGCAUGGUGACUGUCGGGGUUCGUCCCGUUCACUAUCUAGGGAACCGGGUGCCAUCUGAGACCAUCCUGGGUAUAGAACGAGGUUUGUUUUGAGUUUGUCGUGUUCUCUGCGCGGCCAGGCGACGCUGAACUAUCAGUCGCUGUGUGUUUUUCAAAUGAAGAUAAACGUAGAUUUAUUCAGAUCUUUUGUUUCUUGGUUGGUCUCUUUUCAUUCCAGCUGCUAACAAUGUCAUCAUGGUUCCACAUUCCGUGUGUUUCCGUGUGGUUCCACAUUCCGUGUGGUUCCACCUGCUUGAUCAUGAACCUCUCCAUAGCGCUGUUAGACACCAUGCUCCAGGAGGAGCCAGACGGUUCCUGAUUAACGUCUGCUUGUUGCUGGUCAUAGCCUUAAUUAGCAGUGAAACUGAUGCAGGGUAUUUACAUUCAAUGGACCUGAGUUGUAUGUAUUAAACUUCAAUGACUUGUUGUAACACUGAUAUAUGAACUAAUGUGUUCUUCUAGGCUGGUUGUGGUGGGUGUCUGGCUCAUGUUGCUUUCUGGGUAUUAUCUGACCCUAGUGUCUCCACACAGUCAUGUCUGUUGCCAGGCAACGGUUGGUUUGCAUUGCCAUGGUAAUGCUGAAAUAAUAAACUACAACUUGACCCAA